AUGACCCCGCUGCCACCUCCUUCGCAUGAUCCACUCCAGCACUGCGCCGCUGAACCAUGCACCCUGAGGAACAUCCGAAAAUCGUGUAACACCUUGCGGGCGAAGCUCGUCCGUUUCCAGCGAGGGUCCAAAUUCACCAACAACAACUCCAAAAGCAUCCUCAAGCACUCGUCGCGGCACCCAGCCGUGAACGGUGAACCCCCAUCAAACUCUCACCAAGGAGCAGAAAUUUGCGAGAUCGAGGUUGAGGGUUCGAUAAACUUACCGGACAAUGGGAUUUCGAUGAGAAGAAGUGGGCACCUGGGCAUCUAG